UGUACUAUUGGGUGAAUGGCUGAAACACAGUUUUUCUUCCAUUUCUUUUUAUUUGCAAGUUAACAAACGAUCUCCAUUCUGAUUGGCGUUCAGUAGCUACGAGGUCGAAAGUUCAUUUUAAUUUCAAUUCAAACUUUAAACUCAACGAUAACCGUCUCCCCAGUUAGAGAUUUGUGGCCGCCUGUUCAAGUUUGUUAGAAGUUGCUUGGCAAGAGCACUGAGUCAUCGAUUUAAUCCUAACAAUAGCAGCAUUCAUCCAUUUACCUACCAAUCUUAUCUGAUCAGCACAGAGUGAAAAUGACUUCUACGAAGUUUAAUAUUGGAUUGGAUGAAGUGAAAAACUCUAGUAGGGUGUUGAAACCACCAGGUGGUGGCCAUACAGACAUCUUUGGGAUUAAUGGAGACAAUGAAUUUCUAACACCCAACAAAAGAAAAAAUCAUCCAUCUUCUAUAACUGGAUGUUUUACUCAUGAGGAGAAUGUUAGGACUGAUAAUAGGACCAAAGAUGAAGGUGAUGUGAAAAAUGGAAAUGGUGCAGCAGAUGAAAACACAAAACCAAACCAUGAUACUGAAGGGGAAGAAAAGAAACAUGAUGAAAAUAAUGCUGCUCCAGCUAGGAGGGUUAGGGUACCCCCUGGUGGAUUUUCUUCUGGUCUCUGGUAAUUUCUGGAUAGAAGGUUUGUGUAACCAUAACAGAGCAGUGAAUAUGGAGGGCAUUUAUACAAUAUAUAUGAUGAGAUUUUUUAUCAAGCUCAUAUCAAUGUAUCCAAGGAAACUGCUUCUGUGAUAAUUUGAUUUCAUAUUUUGAAGGACUGUCCAUGUGGCCCCUAUGUUUCUAUAUUUUUUCUGUUUGUUUUUUUAAUAGACUAGACAAAUGUCAAUUGAUGCCAUAUUAUACACAAAGAGUGUUUGAAAUUAUUAUUAUUAUUUAAGAACCAAAUGUUAAUUCUAAUUGUAACUUACUGAAACCUGAUAUUUGAAAAGUCUGAUACUUUUUGUAAUACAUUUUUGUAUGUAAU